AUGGGCCACCAGGAGUACUCGCUAGCCCGAGCGCCGGCUGGAGGUGCGACUUAUAUAAAGGGGUUAUGUAAAAGGUACAGCUGGCGCGAACACGUGGAGAGCCGUAGGAGUCUGGACGCCGCCGGGGCAGCAAGAUCCCUCGCAAGCCUGGCCCUGGCCACCGCUUCCGACGCUGCUCAGUCCCGGAGGCGGCUCAGGUCGGGAGCAGCCCAACCCCAGACGAACACUCCAGGGGGAAAACGGGCCGCCCGGAAGUGGAGGGGCGCCCGCCAGGUCGCAAUCCAAGGUCUCGCUCCUCCGCGUCCCGGGUCCGGACGGAGGGAUGAGGCAGGGGGGGCAAGAGCAGCGCCGUUGCUGCUCCCCCCGCCGCCCGCAGCCAUGGAAACGGGGGAGGAGGACGGCGCCCGCAGAGGUACACAAAGCCCCGAGAGGAAAAGGCGAAGCCCAGUGCCGCGGGCACCCAGCGCUAAGCUGAGGCCGGCGGCGGCCCAGGCCAUGGAUCCCGCGGCGGUCGAGGCCCCUGGCGAGGCCUACCUGGCGCGGCGAAGGCCGGAGGGUGGCGGCGGGUCGGCGAGACCGCGCUACAGCCUGUUGGCGGAGAUCGGGCGCGGCAGCUACGGCGUGGUUUACGAGGCGGUGGCUGGGCGCAGCGGGGCCCGAGUGGCGGUCAAGAAGAUCCGCUGCGACGCCCCUGAGAACGUGGAGCUAGCGCUGGCCGAAUUCUGGGCCCUGACCAGCCUCAAGCGGCGCCACCAGAACGUCGUGCAGUUUGAGGAGUGUGUGCUGCAGCGCAACGGGCUAGCCCAGCGCAUGAGCCACGGGAACAAGAACUCGCAGCUUUACCUGCGUUUGGUGGAGACCUCGCUUAAAGGGGAAAGGAUCCUGGGGUAUGCUGAGGAGCCUUGCUAUCUCUGGUUUGUCAUGGAGUUUUGUGAAGGUGGAGACCUGAAUCAGUAUGUCCUGUCUCGAAGGCCAGACCCAGCCACUAACAAAAGCUUCAUGCUACAGCUCACAAGCGCCAUAGCCUUCUUGCACAAAAACCACAUCGUGCACAGGGACCUAAAGCCAGACAACAUCCUCAUCACGGAGCGAUCUGGCUCCCCCAUCCUCAAGGUGGCUGACUUUGGACUGAGCAAGGUCUGUGCUGGACUGGCUCCACGAGGCAAAGAGGGCAAUCAAGACAACAAAAAUGUGAAUGUGAAUAAGUACUGGCUGUCCUCAGCCUGCGGCUCAGACUUCUACAUGGCCCCUGAAGUCUGGGAGGGACACUACACAGCCAAGGCUGACAUUUUUGCCCUGGGCAUUAUUAUCUGGGCAAUGAUCGAACGAAUCACUUUCAUUGACUCUGAGACCAAGAAGGAGCUCCUGGGGACCUACAUCAAACAAGGGACUGAGAUCGUCCCAGUUGGUGAGGCGCUGCUAGAAAACCCAAAGAUGGAGUUGCACAUACCCCAGAAACGCAGGACUUCCAUGUCUGAGGGGAUCAAGCAGCUCUUGAAAGAUAUGUUAGCUGCUAACCCACAGGACCGGCCUGAUGCCUUUGAACUUGAAACCAGAAUGGACCGGGUCACAUGUGCUGCUUAA